AUGUAUGAGGUGCUUUUUCUUUGUCCAGUGAUAGUGACGGCACACAACAUCACCUACCUGGAGGUGCCCCAGUACGGCGACCCAAGACGCGACGGUGACCUCGUCUGCCACUACGUCAGCGAAAAGGGGGACCCGGCACUGCAUUCCGUGAAGUGGUACCGGGAUAACAAUGAGAUAUUCCGCUUCACGCCUGGACAGCAGCCUCCAACAAGAGCCUUCAACACCACAUCCGGGGGCGUAUCUCGCGGAGCCUGCAACAUGCAUAGCUGUGCCAUCAGCGUGGCGCUUCCCAAGAAGGUCAACACCAGGAUCUCGUUCACGUGCGAGGUCUCCACCGAAGGCCCGCGGUUCGCUGUUGUCAACCAGACAAAGUAUUUGUCUGUGGCUGUCACGCUGAAAGAAGAUCCAGUGAUAACAGGAGCAUCUGGCACAGUUCAGCUUGGUGAGGACGUGCUGUUGAACUGCUCAACUAAACCCGCCAUGCCAGCUGCCAACAUCAUGUGGUACGUCGAUGGGAAACCGGAAAGGUCCGACCCCUGGAUGAGUGACAACACGGAAGUAUCCGCAGCAGACAACUUCGGUCUCCGCUCCAGUUGGCGUCCACUUCGGGUCCGAGUCGCCACUGGCAGAGGGUUCAUGGCGAUCCGAUGUGAAGCCACGCAACCAAGCAGGCCACCAUACACCAGGUCUACGAACGCGAGCCUCGAGGUCGCCAGGUCCCCCCAUUUGUCUAUGUACACUGCAUUAGGUUCCAGCAACAGUAAUGCGGCGGUGGCGCUAGCGACGUGUAUCGCAGUACAUAUAUUUUCUAAAUACAGUGCCUUGAGUAAACUCUAAGCGGGGAUAGGGGUUUGAUAAUUGUAUAAACGAUAGUUCGUAGGUAGUUCAAAACUUUCCACCCACUCUUCUCGUGUGACG